AUGAGUUCGGGAGUUGAUUCAUCAGUAGCAGCUUCAAUAUAUGCAAAGAAGUAUCGUAAUGUCAGAGGAAUUUUCAUGGCUAAUUGGUCUCAAACUGCCAAAUGUACUGAGAGGGAUUGGAAUGAUGUUCAAAAAGUUUGUGAAAAGUUAGGGAUACCUUGUGAACGAGUAAAUUUUGAGCAUGAAUAUUGGCAGGAUGUAUUUGCACCUAUGAUUGAACAAUAUGAGCUGGGCUUAACUCCAAAUCCAGAUGUUAACUGUAAUAAAUUUGUCAAAUUUGGCAAAUUGAUAGAUCAUGUUCGUGAAAAAUUUUCUUCUUCACCUACAACAAAAUGGUGGUUAGUUACUGGCCAUUAUGCCCGAGUUAUGCUUCAUAAACCCAGUAAUGAAUAUCAUUUAUUAAGAGGUUAUAGUGCUAAUAAAGAUCAAUCCUAUUAUUUGUCUAGCAUUAAUCCUAAAGUAUUGAAGCAUAUUUUGAUGCCUAUUGGACACCAUAUUAAGCCGGAAGUACGAAAAUUGGCUAAUGCAUUAGAUUUGCACGUUUCCGAAAAGCCUGAUUCACAAGGACUAUGCUUUGUUAGCCAAGAUCAUAAGAAGUUCAGAGAUUUUCUUGAAGAGUAUAUUAAACCAAAGCCAGGAAAUAUAGUUACGGAAGAUGGAAAAGUAUGGGGUCGACAUUCCGGGCUUUGGUAUGCUACAAUCGGUCAGAAACUGUCAAUAUCAAUGCCGCAAGGAGAUGAAAAGUAUAAGGGGGUAUGGUUUGUUAGUGAAAAGAAUAAAGAAAGAAAUGAAUUGAUCAUUGUCAAAGGAUCAGACAAUCCAAAAUUAUUCUCUAAUAGAGUUAAAGUUGUUAAAUUUGAGUGGAUGGUUCCACAUUCCGAAGAUGAGAUUAGUGAUGAUUUGAAAGGAGAACUUUCACUGGGAAAAUUAAGUUUCCAACAUAGAUCUUUACAAAAAGCAGUUCCCUUAGUGGGGAUUCAACAAGUUGGAGUUUCUUCUGGAAGCACCACAAACGCAUGUACAUAUACUUAUAUUUUUACAUUUAAAGAUUCUGUAAGAGCUUUGGCACAGGGUCAAUAUUUUGUAUUAUAUCGAGACAAUCAAGUGUUAGGUUCUGGAAUAAUAGAAUCUACUUUCUGUAAAUAG